CAGUCGCUUCGACUCGCCUUCGCCGUCGUCGUGGUUUCGUCGCGGGUGAAAACGGUGUGAAAACAAAACGGAUAAACCACCGAGCGAGGCAACUGUCGCUCAGCUGCGCGCGUCGCCCUCCCUUUUCCGCCCACCCCCGAAGUCACCUGUGUGUGCGUGUGUGUGUUGUGCCGUUCUUGUUGUUGUUGUGGGCAACGUUUAUAGUAUUUUAACUGGCUUAGUUGCUACAACAAUUGUUCGAGAUCAAGUGAAAAUGUAAAUAAACAACAGUGAAAAUCGGGAAAAGUAAAUAAACGCAAAUCAAAUACAAGACCAAUGUGCAAAAGUGAUUGAAAUCCGCCAAAACGAAUCAGCCAAAAUGAUUGUCAAAAUGGAGCCCGACGAGCUGAUCACGUUCCGAGUGCAGUACCUGGUGGACAGUGAUCCCCUCUCGGCCUGCACCGCCUUCCCGAUCCCAGUCCGGGCGCCCACCUACGCCUUCACCACCACCAUGCCACUGGGCCACCAACUGGCCACCAUCCUAAGGCUCCUGAAUGCACCGCACAGUAUCGAUGAUGCGGCCAUUCAAGUGUACAAGGAUGGUGACUAUGGUGCUUAUCUGGACCUGGAGUCAUCUCUGGCCGAGCAAACGGAGGAGAUUGAGGGUCUCAAUGCCAGCCGCAAGAACUCGUUGGUGGUGCGAACGCAGUUGAAUGUGCGCGUCCAUGCGAUUAUCGAGAAACUCUUAUCCUCGGAGGGCAGCGACCUGCGGCGUGCUCUCUUCUCGCUGAAGCAGGUGUUUCAGGAGGAUAAGGAUCUGGUGCACGCCUUCGUGGCCCUCGGCGGCCUCAAUUGCCUCGUGCGCGUGGGCAAUUGUGCAGACCAAAACUAUCAGAACUACAUUCUGCGGGCCCUCGGACAGGUCAUGCUCUAUGUGGACGGGAUGAACGGCGUGAUGAAGCAUGAGCCGACGAUGCAGUGGCUCUACUCGCUGAUUGCCUCCAAUUACCGGUCCGUGGUGAAGACUGCCCUCAAGCUGUUGCUGGUCUUUGUGGAAUACGCCGAGUCCAACUGCUAUGUGCUGGUCAGUGCCAUUCACGCGGUGGAUGCCUCCCAGGGCACUCUGCCCUGGUCGAAUAUAAUGAGACUGCUUAAGGACUAUGAUAAUGCCGAUGCCGAGCUGGUCAUCUAUGCCACGUCACUGAUCAACAAAACCCUGGCUGGCCUCAAUGACCAGGAUAGCUUCUAUGACGAGAGCGAUCUCCUGGAGCAGCAGGGCAUGGAGACUGUGAUACAGCGAUACAUGUCCAAGCCUGGCACGGAUUUGGAUCUGCUCGAUCAGCUGCAACUGUACGAGGCUGUAUUGAAAUUUGAGGAUGGAGAGUCGGAUGGCCAGCGUCUGCCCCAGAACUCAAUGCGGAAGACUCAGCGCUAUAGACCCGGAGCAAACACCACAGAGAGGCGCAAAUCCCGACGUCACAGCACUGACAACAGCCCUGCGCCACUCACCAAGGUCCUGCCCACCACAGUGCUCCGGAUGACCCCGACCCAGGCCACCCUGGACGAGGACAGCUCCGGUUCCGGCAACUCUACAGAGUUUAGUGGCGGACUCUUUAACGAAAAGAAACCUCGCGAUGGAGCUGGAGUGACGCCAGGACUCCGCAGAAGACGAGAGCGUGCAGAGCGGCAUAAGAGCUUCCUCAAGGAGCAGCAGGAAGCGGCGGCCAAUGGCAUCUUUGCCGCUCUAGACCAACGCGAGGGUCUGGGCCAAAUCGUAACCGCCAUUCCUGCCACCGUCCAGGGCGGCGACAGUCCGCCGGAGUCGCUGCAUCACGAGUCCUGCAACAAUGUCAGUGGCAACCAGAGCAGCCUGGGCAACAACAAUCUGAGCAAUAUUAGCAGCAAUGAGACGCCGAACAACAGCCUGCUGCUGAUGAGCCCCAGCAAACAGCUCCUGACUGGAAGCCACAGCAUUUCCAUCAUCAACAAUAGCUUCGACAAGGCCAAUAACCACAACAACAGCCAGAGCGAGUUCCUCACCAAGAAGAACCUCUUCCGGGAGCGCAACUCCACGGUGAUCAGUGGAAUCAUGAAGAACAUACAGCAGACGGACAGUGCCUACAAAAAGUAUGAGAACGAAGCUAACCGGCUGAACAACUACUACAGCCAGUCGCCGAAGCACCAGAUCCUGGCAAAGGAUCAACCCGCGCCGGAAGUGCUGCUGAGUCCCAAGAAGACGCUGAAUGCCUCGGGAUUCGAUUUCAUCCCGGAACCGUUGAGUUCCACGCCCGUCAAGUGUGAUACAGUGCCCGAACCGGAGCCCCUCAGUCCGGUCCGAAAGCCAGUGGGAGCGCCUCCACCACCACCACCUCCGCCGCCGCCACCACCACCACCACCGCCUGGCUGGUGGCAUGCUCCCAUCUACAACAGCCCGCCGCCAGCCCAAACCCUAACCAGUACUAACCCCGAGCUGUUGCCGCGUCCCGUGGAUCCGUCAGAUCUGGAGAGCGAGGACAAGCAGCUGCUGCUCCAGCUGAAGCGGGACCAUACGGUCAAGGAUCUCACCCAGAAGCUGAGCAACCUGCCCACGAGUCCCACGCAGGAGUCGGCCAACCGAGCCAUUGUCGGCGACAUGUCCGGUCUUAUAUCAAAAGCCAAAGAGGGUCUGGCCAAGAGCAAAAGCAAGGGCGAGAUAUCCAGAUCAUCGAGUGUGGACCAGGAGCUUAAGAAGGCAGAGCCCAAAAAGUCAGAGAAUGAACUCCACUGGGAGGAGCUGGUGAGGAAUAUGACCCGGCCUUUGAAUCUCUGCGAUUUGGACUUUACGGAUCUCAGGGAUGAUGACGAGAAGGAUGUGCUGGCUCCAAGGGGACUUGGAGCCGGCAUCCCUCCACCGCCUCCUCCUCUGGGAGGAGCCAUUGCCCCGCCACCCAUGAUGCCGCCCAGCCUGGCACCACCACCAAUGUUUGGUUAUGGAGGCAGCCUCACAAACAGUGUCAAUAGUUCUCUAAAUGGUUCCGUCAACGGGGAGCUGGUCAACGGGAAUAACACCAUCAAAAAGAACAAGAAGACGGUCAAGCUCUUCUGGAAGGAAGUGCGUGAGGAUAUGAUACCACAGGUGGUGGGCAAGACCAUUUGGGACGAGCUGCCCGAUGCCAAUGUGGACACUCAGAAGCUCGAGCAUCUCUUUGAGUCCCGGGCCAAAGACUUGAUGACCAAGAAACAACAAGAGCUAAACAAGAGCAAGGAGAUCAUCGUGCUCGACCACAAACGCUCCAAUGCCAUCAAUAUUGCGAUCACCAAGCUCCCUCCUCCGAGGGCCAUCAAGGCGGCCAUCCUGAAGAUGGACGCCACCGUGGUGACCCGCGAGGGCAUCGACAAGCUGCUCAACAUGCUGCCCACGGACGAGGAGCGCGGCAAGAUCCAGGAGGCGCAGCUGUCCAAUCCGGAGCUGCCGCUGGGCAGCGCCGAGCAGUUCCUGCUCACCCUGGCCUCCAUUUCGGAGCUGGGAGCGCGCCUAAAGCUGUGGGCCUUCCGUCUGGACUUUGAUAACAGCGAGCGUGAAAUUGCCGAACCACUGAUGGAUCUCAAACAAGGCAUUGAGAUCCUGCGUCAGAACCGCACCUUCCGCUCCAUUCUCUCCACCCUGCUGUCCGUUGGCAUCUUCCUGAACGGAGCUCCGGUGAAGGGAUUCCAGAUCGAGUACCUGUCCAAGGUGCCCGAGGUGAAGGACACAGUCCACAAGCACUCGCUGCUGCACCACCUGUGCCACAUGGUCAUGGAGUCGAGCAGCGACACCAGUGAUCUCUACUCGGAGAUCGGACCCAUUACACGCGCCUCCAAGGCGGACUUCACCGACCUCGCCCACAAUCUCAACCAGCUGGAGGCGGAGUGCAAGGCUUCCUGGGAUCGCCUCAAGCUAAUUGCAAAGCACGAUUGCCCGCCACCAUUGAAGCAAAAGCUGGUGGACUUCCUGGCCGACUGUGCCGAGCGCAUCAUUAUCCUGCAGAUAGUCCACCGGCGUGUGAUGAACCGCUAUCGGAAGUUCCUUCUGUGGCUGGGAAUGCCGCAGCACAGUGUGGCAGAGUCACGACCCAAUGAGUUCUGCCGGACUCUGUCCGAGUUUGCCUUGGAGUACCGCACCACGCGGGAGCGAGUGCAGCAGCAGCUGGAGAAGAAGGCCAAUCACCGCGAGCGGAACAAGACGCGCGGCAAGCUGAUCAUCGAUAUGGCCAAGUUUAAGACCAAAGAGGAUGUGGCCGACGCCGAGUUGAAAUCACUUUUGGGCACACCCAGUGCAGACCAGGCUGAUGGCACUCUCACCUGGCGCAGACGCCGGGCGGAACAGCUCCGCUCACCGAUUGCCCGCCAGAGCGAGGAGCAGUUCACCGACGGGGACGAUGAGAUACUGGAAUCUCUGGUCAAGACCGCCACCAAGGCGCCGGGCACACGCACCACGCCACGGGAACGGAAGCGGACGCGACACGCGGAUCGCAAAUCAUUGCGUCGCACGCUGAAAAACGGUCUGACCGACGAGGAGAAACAGCACGUGGCUGCCUUGAUACAAACCUAUUAGGAUUAGGAUUAGGAGAGUAAUUCCGUAGCAUCCCAACCCCCCUAGAGAACCCCGCAUCGCACCCGAGAUAAUGAUAACCCGAUCCCAGUGACGUCACAAGUCGGGCAAUGCGCGCACAGACUGAAAUUGGCGAUCUCAGGCGAGCAAGCGAACCCAGAGCCCAAAAUCCAGAAAAAUCCCUUUUAUACGACAAGGAAGCAAGCAGCAACAGCAACGAAAAUGUCCUUAAACAAAAGCGUUUUUCAUAGUGUUUUUUUCUGUUAUUUAAAGUAUAUUUUUUGUUUUUGCUUCAGCUAAGUAUUAUUAAUUAAACGUAAUUCAAUAAACCUGUAUUAGUAGUUGAAAAACGAUUUUAAUAUUA